UAAUAAUAAUAAAUGGAGAAAAAGAAACUAAAAAUGUGUCAAAUCAGAAGCUGGAUCUGAAUUGUUGCCGCUCUUUUUUGAUAAUCGGUGUCCGGCAAAGCAAAAUCAACAUUUCUCUAGAAUAUUCUCACUUCUCAAAUCUUUUUUUUUAAAGUAAUUUUUACAGAUUAAUUAAUUUAUCAACAAAUCAAAAAAAGGAAAAAAAAAAAACCUUAAGUCAGGCCCAAAUCGACUACAAGAUGCCGAAGAAGAUGGGCGUAAAUAGCAAAGCCGAGGCGGCGCGUGCGCGCAAAAGCGCGACUGAAGCAGAUCGGAAAGAGCGGGAAGCCAGGGAGAAAGAAGAGCAGUACUGGCGCGAAGCCGAGGGUCCCAAAUCCAAGGCUACCAAGAAACGCGAGGAAGACGCCGAGAAGCGAGCUGAAGCCGCGGCUCGCCGUGCGGAGGCGCGUCGUCAAGCCGAGAUGGAGGAGAAAGAGAUCGAUAAAGCGACGAAGAAACCGGAUAAGAAGGCGAACCGCGUGUCGAUUCCGGUGCCGAAGGUGACGGAAGUGGAGCUGAGGAAGAGGAGGGAGGAGGAGCAAACGGAGAUGGCGAAGAAAGCGGAGGAGGCGAAGAAGAGGCAGAGUAGGACGGCGGCGGAAGAAGAGUAUGAGAGGAUGGUGUUAGUGACGAACACGAAUAGGGAUGAUUCGAUUAUUGAAGCAAGGAGUGUGGAGGAGGCAAUUGCGCAGAUGUCUGUGGCGGAUGAUCUUCCGGCGGAUCGCCACCCUGAGAGGCGGCUUAAGGCCUCCUUUAAGGCAUUUGAAGAAGCUGAGCUUCCCAGGCUUAAAGAAGAGAAGCCGGGUCUUACUCAUACUCAAUACAAGGAUAUGCUAUGGAAAUUAUGGAAGAAAUCUCCGGACAAUCCUCUAAACCAGAUUGCUGAGUGAUCACUGCUAAAUUUUCCUGAGGCUAGAAUAGCAGAAGUCUACUAGCGGUAAGAAUCUAGUGGAAAAUAAAGGCUUUUGUGGAGGAUGGAUUAGCAAAUGCAAAUUGUUGCAAUGACUGUAAAGGUCUGAGGACGCUUGCCUCUUAGUGAUACUUCUCAAGCAGCUUUGGUCAACGUGACUGGAUAAUUGGAAUGCUUAUCAAUUUUAUGGGAUUCCUCUUUCUGAUUUUCCAUGAAAAAAUGUGGUAAUUCUUGGAUGCCAAGUUUUAUUAAAUUUACUGAAUGGCACAUUUUAAAGGUUUUUGGCCUCUUUGAACUCUGGAUUGAACAAGAAAUGUUGAUCCAGUAAGUGUAUGAAGGUAUUUUUCUUGCGGUGUAUCCAUUGGAUCCUCAUUCAUCUAUUUAAAUCUUGUUAAAUGUAGUAUUGUGGUUAAAUGCUGUACACGAUAAAGGAUGUGCAGCUUUUUGGCAUAGGCUUAUUUGAGGAUGCUUUUCUGGAAAUACCAUUCAAUUCUCUCGAUCAAAGAAUAUGAUGUGCGUAUCAUUGUUCCAGUAGGGCCAGCCAAGUCCACUAGUGGUUGAACAACCCACAUCACCACUUAAUGUGCAUUAAUUUGUUUCAUUUAAUGACCAUACCAUAACAUAAGCUCUUAGUUGAAUGGUAAUUUCUUACUUCUGAUUUGGUACCUUGACGGAAAAGUUGUUACAGGUUCCUGUCAUAAGGAUGAGCUAAACAAUAAAUUUCCUUGCUCAAUCUUUUGGUGUUAUAUGAGAAUGAAUUUUACUUGAUAUUUCAGAUAAGAACAUCACCUCAACGAUUGUUUACAAACUUA